UGCAGAAGGUGCUGGAACAGAUAGGCGGCUCGCCAGCCAGCGCCGCGAUGGCGGACGGAGCAAAGUCUGCGGCUCUUCCUCGGGUCGCCCGGGCCGGGCGGCGGUGAGUCCCAGAACCGCUGUCCCUCUCUCCCCUCCGCCUCCAGCAAUCUGGUCGUGCUUCCCGCUCGGCGGCGAGAUGGCGGAGGGCAGCCGAGCGAGUGGAAAAGAGCGCCGGCACCGCCGCCGUUCGGCCGAAGACAGGGAGCCGGAGAGGAAGAAGAAGAAGCGGCUGCACCAAGAAGUGAAGAAAAUCAAACACGUCGAGACCUUUUACGAGAAGCCACCACCAGGAAUGAUUAAGGAAGAUGAUGACAAGCCGGAAGAUUGUAUUCCAGAUCUGCCGGGUAAUGAAGAAGCUAGAGACUUCCUAGCCCAUGCUCCGACCAGAGGACUUUGGAUGCCAUUGGGAAAAGAAGUAAAAGUCAUGCAGUGUUGGAGAUGCAAAAAUUUUGGACACAGAACUGGGGAUAGAGAAUGUCCCUACUUCAUUAGCGGAAAUCAGAAAUUGGAACAGUUCAGAGUAGCUCAUGAAGAUCCCAUGUACGAUGUAAUCCGUGAAAAUAAGCGUCAUGAGAAAGAAACAAGGAUACAGCAGCUGAAACAGAUGUUAGAAGACGGUACUUCGGACAGUCAGAGUUCCAGUUCCUCAGAUUCCAGAGAACGGCUCAAGAAGAAGAGGAAGAGAAAAGAGAAGAAGAGGAAAAAAAAGAAGAAAAGAAAGAAACAUAAAGCAGAAAAAUCAAGUGACAGUUCAGAAUAAGGCAAAAAGACUUGAAUGUUAUGAGCUAUUUUUCCCCAAAGUGGAAAAGUGAGAAAUGGUUAUAUUCAUCAACAAGAGUUUAUUUUGAGCAACGUUAUAAAUAUCACAUUUUCAACUUGAUUGGGAAGUAACUGAAAAUCAACAACCCCAAAAUUUAGACUAGAUGGUUGUCUUUAUUCUUAAGCAUGACCUGUAAUAUAUAAUCCAUCCUCUUAAGUGUGGCUUAUACUGACCUUAUAUUUUACUUACUGGUCUUCAACCUGGGUGGGUCAGAUUAAAGACCAGACUGAAAAUAUCUUCAUUAUAAUAGUUGUAAUGGUGAAAGACAUCUUUUGAUUUUUGUACUAAAGAAGUGUAAGCCUAACCUGUUGCAGUGGAAAUUAAAAUUACUUUACCACUGGCA